AUGACGACUCUUAACGUGCUUAGAUACUUUGCCUUGGGCUCUGGUCUUGUGUAUGGAUUUGUUCAUGACAAAAAUCUUAAAAGCCAAGGAAAAAGAGAGAUAGAAGAGCAGAAGGCCGCUCAAAAGCAAAAACUCAUUAAUGAAGCAAAGAAGGAGUGGCAGCUUCAGCAUCAAGUGAAGAUCGAUAAGGCGGGUAAAAUUGAUUGGGAAAGCAAAGAUUUGGAUUGGGGAAAGGCAAUUGAGGAUACUCUUAAGACAUUAGAAUCUGCUAAAGCAUGA